AUGGCGAAUAGCUCGCACUUUGCACUUCAGAGAAGGUGUCACUGCCAGCAGGAUAAGAUGAGUAUCCUCUAUCAUAUCCUGAACCACAGGAGGCAUCUGUACUUGCCUCCGUGCAGCUGCCGGGAGAAGGUGGCUCUGGGCUCCCCCUUCGUGGCCGGCAAGGCAGCCUCGGAGGUGCUGCUAAAGACGGUGUACUUUAUCAAGAACCUGCCCUCGUUCAGGGGACUGUCCAAGGCUGACCAGCUGCUGUUGCUGGAGAACUGCUGGGCUGCCCUGUUCGUGCUGGGCUUGGCCCAGGAAGGGGUGGACUUCGAGGUGGCGGGACCGUCCAACACCAGCAUCUUGAAGGAGAUCCUCAUGAAGCAGAGGGUGGCGGCGGCGGAGAGCGAGGAGAGGACGGGCAGCGAGCCCACGGCGGCAGAGGUGCAGAGAGUCAAGGCAUUCCUGGCUCAAUGUUGGAGGAUGGACUUCAGCACCAAGGAGUACGUGUAUCUAAAGGGGGUCGUGCUGUUCAGCCCAGACGUGUCGGGCUUGCGUUGCCCCCAACACAUCCUGUGCCUACAACAGGAGGCUGAGCAAGCGCUGACGGAACACACCCAGUGCAUCCACCAGCAGGACACACGUCGACACGGCCAGAUAGAGCUGGCGCUGGCCUCCUUGAGGGGCAUCAGCCCCCACAUCGUCACACAACUCUUCUUCCGACCUCUGAUCGGAAACGUCCAGAUGAACGCCCUGUUGGUGGAGAUGCUCAGCGCCAGCUAGUCGCCUGCCAGCGCAAGAACAAACCCUUCCUGGGACCAACGACAACCCUUUCUGCUGGAGAUGUUAACUUAUUUAUCACAGUUGUGUUUUGCAGAUGUUUACAUAUAAAGUGUUUUAA